CUCAUGCGUUUUGGAAGAUUCGGAUUCACGUACCGUUUUCUACCAUCCAAAACACAUUUCCGCAUCAUGACACCAAACUACGAAUCCUGGUCAAAGGAUGAGCUGAUCGCACGUCUCAAAGAGCUGGAGGCAAAAAAGCACCCCAAGUCAACUCAUUCACCAACAUCUAAAAAACCAUUUCAUUUUUCAUCCCACCCGAAGCGGAAGAUCGCUAUCAAGUUCUGUUACUCGGGGUGGGAGUAUAAUGGGCUGGCAUAUCAAAACGGUCCUACGCCUCUUCCAACGGUCGAGGACGUCUUGUUUAAAGCCUUUGUAAAGGCAAGGCUCGUCGACGAAACUGGCGGCUUGGAUGGAUGUGGAUGGGAGAAAUGUGGAAGGACUGAUCGAGGAGUGAGUGCUGCUGGUCAGGUAGUUUCGUUAUGGGUUCGAAGUGCUCUCCCCACCGAAACUUCUUCCAAGGUAACAUCAUCACCACCGUCUGAGGAUGUAUCCACGGAGGACACUCCCCAAAACACCUCACUCCAGUCUUCUACAAAACACGAGCUCCGCUACGUAUCCAUACUAAAUCGCUUGCUCCCUCCAACAAUCCGCGUCUUAGCAUGGUCUUCCAUUUCCCCCGAUUUUUCUGCUCGAUUCAACUGUAAACACAGACAUUACAAAUACUUCUUCACCUCUCAUGGACUCGAUGUAUCUCUAAUGCAAUCAGCUGCCAACCAUCUCGUUGGCGAACAUGACUUUCGCAAUAUGUGCAAGCUUGAUCCAGGAAAACAAAUCACCAACUUUCACCGCUGUGUCAUGCGCGCACAGAUCAAUCCGCUCUCUCCAGAGUCUGAUGGCGAUAAUCGAGUAUACGUAUUCGAUCUCGUAGGAUCCGCUUUCCUAUACCAUCAAGUUCGACAUAUCAUGGCUCUCCUUUUCCUCGUCGGAACAGGAGUUGAACAACCGUCCAUUAUACCAGCUCUUAUGAACGUCUUUCAUGCAGAAUCAGAUUCAUCAACAAAGUCUCCGUUGCCACUGGUAGAUCGCAAACCCGAGUAUCAGAUGGCAGACGCCCUUCCUCUCAUGCUUUGGGAUUGUGCAUACGCAGAUUCGGAUGUCACAUGGCAAACCGACGGCGACGGUACAGAGAGCGGCGCCGGCUCAGACCUCUAUCAUCAACUCCAUUCUAUUCAUCAACGCUCCCUCAUCCACACAGUCCUAGACGAGCACUUCUUCACAGCUGCCACUCAAUAUCAUUCUCCACCACCUCAAUACUUCCCUUUCAGUCAGACAGGACUGACACCUCACACGCUUCCUCAUUCGACUUCGGGUCGAGAACCGGUCCUUGGUGUGCCACUCGGCGCAGGGACGUACAAGCGCAACGCAAGGUACAUUCCUUUGUUGGAGAGGAAGAGACUUGAUCACGUCGAUGUGGCCAACGAACGAUGGCGAAUAGGCAGGGGGAGCAAGUAUAGCAAGCAAAAGACGUCUGAUGAUGGAACCGAAUGAACGCGCACUUGUGUACGCCGUUUCGCGGUAGGCUAUUGGGUAGUAUGCAACCUUGUGCUUUAUGUACUUCGACCGGUACAUUUUGAUUAUAUUUCUGUACUACACUUUGUGUCCAAUCCUACCCUUUUCGCAUACGAUUAUUUCCUCGUUUCCCCAGUGACUGCGCGCGUUAAAUCCGUGAGUCGGUGAAGAAG